AUGGUAGAGAGCGUGUGCGCAAUGGGCGACGGUGGCGAGCACCCUGAGCGUCUUGUCCAACUCGAACCACACGGCCACUGGCGGCGGAUUCCAGAGAAUCCGGUCUGCAGCUGCACUGCUGUGCUGGCGGGAUGUCUGUGCUGCUCGGUCACCCGAGCGACACCAGAAUUGAUCGGACAGGAGGAGCCCCCGGUCCCUGACGACGCAUACAUCGAGCCGACGGUCCCAGAUCCUCGCGAGAGCUCGCCUAUGUCGGCGAGGCGUGCUGCGCCGCGGUUCAGGGAGGUUCAGACUGCCACGGAAUCGCCCGAGAACCAACAGGAAGACGCGCUGGUGCCUGCCAAACAAGAUGCAGGAUCGAGCGACCCGUGCGGCGGGUGGUUCAUUUGCUCGUGGGCAAAACGAGACGCACGACAGACUGCGGUAGACGAGCAGGACAAAGCGUCGCCGUCUGUCGAGAGGGCGCCAGAGACCGCACCGGUGGAGCAGGAAUCGAGCUCAUCGAAGCGUCGAGAAGCAGCGCAGAAGCAGACUGAACAGGCCGCCAGUGCCGCUCGAGAAGAACCGAAAUCCCCUGGGGAGCAUCCGGCGAAACAGGCCCCGCGCCCUCAGGAAGCUACGGUCACCGUCGCUCCCAAACCACUCGCCACCCGCUCACGUGGAGUCCCCUAUAUGACGAAGGAGGAAGCGGAAUCAAAAGGACUCAAGAUCGUUUGGUACGAUCCUGAAGACGAAUACAACCCCCUAUACUUUGGCGUGUCACCCGACGAUAUCGAGGAGCAGAGUCAGCUCGAAAGACGCUCAGAUGUUCACAAGUAUCUCGAUCCUGCACUGAUUCUGCAGUAUACUGGUUUGACGCUGGGAGCCAUUGUGGGCGCUGGAGCCGUUGGAGUUGGAUUCGUGGCUGCUGCUGCCGGGCUGACAGUCGGAUGCACUGUUCGCGAGUUCGCACCCUACUGGGACCGGUUUCAAAGCAAGAUGAAAUCCGUGGUCUUCUCACACGGGUGGGACUGA